AUUUUUCUGAAAAGAUAAUCAUUUGAAAAAGGAGGAAGGAGAAGAAAAAGUGUUUGGGUGCAGUCAUGUAUCAUCCAACAAGAGGUGGCGUCCGUGGCGGUCGAGAUCAAUUCACUUGGGAUGAUGUAAAAGUUGAUAAACAUAGGGAGAACUAUCUUGGUCAUAGUAUCAAGGCCCCUGUUGGAAGAUGGCAGAAAGGGAAAGAUCUUUUCUGGUAUGCCAGGGACAAAAAGUCCCAUAGUGCAGAAAUGGAGGCUGCAAAAGAAGAGGUAAAAAGAAUUAAGGAAGAGGAGGAGCAGGCAAUGAGGGAAGCUCUUGGCUUAGCUCCUAAGCGUGCUAACCGUCCUCAAGGUAACCGUCUUGAUAAACAUGAGUUUUCAGAACUGGUUAAGAAGGGAUCUACAGCAGAGGACUUGGGUGAAGGUCAUGCUGAAGCAGCAAGGGUUCAAGGUCUUGGUUUUUCAAGAGAACCCCGCCCUUGGGAAGAACCCGGUUCUUCAAAGCUUUCGCUCAGUGGUACACCACCUGAGGUGGAAAAUGUAUCUAUGCCAAAUCAAGAGGCAAGAAAGACUGAAGAUGAUUCAGAAGAUGAAAGUAGAAGGAAGAGAAGACGUGAGGAGAGGAAGGAAGAUAAACGUGAAAAGCGUGAGAAGCAGAAUUCCCGUGAGGACAGGAAGCAAGAGAAACGUGAAAAGCGUGAGAAGCGGCAUUCUCGUGAUUCAGAUGACAGGAAGAGGCACAAGAAAGAUAAGGAAAAGAGGAGACAUGAUUCAGAUUGAAUUGGCUUUUCUCAACAUCCAAUGACAUGUUUUUAUUCUAGUUUUGUAACUGAAUAUUGAUGGUGUAUCUUAUUUUAGUAAUUGACUGUCCAAAAGCCUGCAUUCAGUGUUAUCAGAACACUUCUUUGUGGUGAAUUCACGUUGAAGGGAAAUGAAGCCAAGCACAUUGAUUUAAGGCUUUGAAAUUGGAGUAUCUUGCUCCACAUAUAAAGGUUGUAAAAAGAAAACGAAGUGCAUUGAAAGUUACUUCACCACCAAGGGAUCACUAGGAAUAAAAUU